AAAAAUCUAGUCUAGAUAAUAAUAUGAUAAUAUAGAAUCUAUAGAGUCUAGAUUGUCUAGAUCUAGAUCUAUUUUAUAAAUCUAAAUUAGAUCAUAGUAAAAUGUACUUUUUAAAACUCCCUAAAUUUGCAUCUAGAUCUACAUACAGAUCAUCUAGAUUUAUUUUAAACUACAAAGCGAAAGUCAAAGUUGUAAAUCUAGGACCAGGUCUGACACUGACAAGAGAGCGAGUAGGAUUGAAUCAAGAGUUUCAGUUUCACUGGACUCAAGCUCAGUGCUUAGCCCGUCUUCAUACCUCUUCUCAAGCCUGCACACAGCAUUUAACAUGGAGUUAUGUUCAUGGUGCAUCAACCAUUCCAUUGAUGGGUAUAACUAUUGGGAAGCAGCUUCAGAAAAUGGUUGAGUCACAGCCAAACAAAGUUGCAAUGAUUUUUGCCAAAGAAAAAAUAAUGUUGACAUUUGUUGAAUUGUUAAAUAAGGUUGAUAUGUUGGCUGCAGGAUUUAAAACCCUAGGAAUUCGUCAUGGUGACAGAGUUGGAGUAUGGGGACCUAACUCAAUAGAAUGGGUACUCACUCAAUAUGGAACUGCCAGGGCUGGAAAUAUUUUGGUCAAUAUUAAUCCAAGCUACAGAAAAGAUGAAUUAAAAUAUGCCUUACAAAAGUCUGGUUGUAAAGGUCUUGUAGCUGCUCCAGGAUGUAGAGGGCUGGAUUACAUCAACAUGUUAAAGGAGAUAAUACCAGAAAUGAAUUUGACACCUUAUGGGGCACCAAUCACUUCCAAAGAGCUCCCGAAUUUGAAAUAUAUCUUCACAAUGGGUUCUGAAAAAUAUCCAGGUACUCUAUGUUUUGAUGAUUUUAUUUCCCUAGCUUCACCUUCAGAAAGAGAACACAUUAUGGAUGUUCAAAACAACUUUCAAUUUGAUGAUCCUAUAAACAUUCAGUUUACCUCAGGCACAACUGGCUCCCCUAAAGGUGCAGUCCUCAGUCAUCAUAACAUAGUCAACAACAGCUUCUUUGUGGGUCUGAGAUGUGGCUAUCAUGAGCAUGACUCAGUCAUCUGCAUUCCAGUUCCUUUGUAUCAUUGUUUUGGUAUGGUCAUGGGAUGUUUACAGAGCAUUACCCAUGGUGCAACAGUGGUGUUUCCUUCACCUUUGUUUGAUCCUGCAAGUGUUUUGAGUGCUGUGGAAACAUACAGGUGUACCUCCCUUUAUGGUGUGCCUACAAUGUUUAUUGACAUUCUUAACCAUCCAAUGUGUGACAAGACAGACCUGUCAACACUUAUCACUGGCAUUAUGGCUGGUUCACCUUGUCCCAUUGAAACUGUCAGAGAUGUUUUGAAGCGUAUGAACAUGGAAAAAUUUACUGUGUGUUAUGGCUCCACAGAAACUAGUCCAGUAUCUUUUCAGUCCACUGGAAUGUGUUCUUUAGACAAGAGAGUGUCUACUGUAGGCAAAGUAUUGGAUCAUAUUGAGGCUAAGAUAGUGGACUCUGAUGGACGUGUAGUACCUAUUGGUGUUCCAGGUGAACUGUGCACUAGAGGGCCAAGUACAAUGUUAGGUUAUUGGGAUGACCCUGAAAAGACAAAGCAGGCUGUGACACUGGAUAAAUGGUAUCACACAGGAGAUUUGGCUGUAAUGACAGAAGAAGGCUACUGCAGCAUUGUGGGUAGAAUUAAAGAUAUGUUGAUCCGUGGUGGAGAAAAUAUUUACCCUCUGGAAAUAGAACAGAUUAUGUAUGAACAUCCACAGAUCAAAGAUGUCCAGGUCAUAGGUGUUCCUGACGCCAGGCUGGGUGAGCAAGUUUGUGCAUGGAUUAUUGUUAAAAGUGGAAUGACAUUAACAGUUGAAGAAGUGAAAGAGUUUUGCAAAGAUAAGAUGGCAAGAUACAAAAUUCCCCAUUACAUUUUAUUUGUAGAUGACUUUCCUAAAACUGUGACUGGUAAAAUUCAGAAGUUCAUCAUGCGAGAAGAAAGUAUUAAGAUCCUAGGUCUACCUGGCAAGUUAUAACAGGCUGUGGACAAUUGGAUGUUGUAUUAUUUAAAUGAGUAUUUCACAUUACAUUGGCACAAAAUUGGGAAGAAUAGCUAUUAGCUUUAAAAAUAUUUAAACAGAUUGAAAAAAAUAAUGGUAGUAUAGCUAGUUAAUUGAAAUGCUCAGAGGGUUAAGAUAGUUAAGUGUCAUUUCUAAUUUCAUACUUAAAAAAUAAUAAAAAGAAUAUUAAAUGUAUUGGAGAUUUUCAUUCGUGGUGGAAAAAAUCAUAAAUAGGCUAGCAUAUUGGUGUAUAUGGUGUACAAAAUCAAGAAAAUGUUGAUUAGCUUUGUUUUUUAAAAGGUAUAGGGUAAUUUUUGUGCACCACAGAAUCAAAUGUUCUAAGCUCUUCUGUUUGUAGCACCAAAUAAUUGCAAUAUGGAGGAAGCAUCAGACUUUCACUCUAUGACUUAAAACUUAUUUCAAAACAAAUGGGCAACUAACUAGCAGUAAUAGAGACAAUUUGACACAAAGAUCAACUGCCUCUCUUUGAGCUAUUGUUAAAAUUAUAUCUCAAUCCUUGUUUUUUUUUUAGUUGGCAUCAGAGACAUUCGAUUUAGCAUCCUUGACAUUGUUUAGUUUUGCAAAAACCUCCAUCAAGUUUAUUUUGGCUCAAACAUUUGGAGAUUUAAAAAAAAAAAAAUUAACUAGAUUUGACUUAAUCUGUUAUUGUUCUUUGUGUACUCAGUUUUUUUUCUAUCAAUAUACACAUUAAAAACAAAAGACUUCAGCACAAAAUCAAUUUAUUAUAUUUUUCUGAACCAAAGAUGUGGCUAAAUCAUGAAAUAAAAUAAUGUUAUAUAAAGAUUCAUCUAUCAGCUGUAUUAACCAUCAUAUAUGCUAGCCUUUUAUGGUUUGAAUUUUGUGUAAUAGAAGAAUGGUAUGUUCUAUAUCACUCCCAUUUGUGGGAGGCUCACUAAAGAGAAUAAAGCUAAUGCUACAAUAAUAUCAGUUCCAUCUCUUUGUCUAUAGGCACAUUUCUUCUUCUAGCCAGCUUUUUGCUACUGAGCUGUAGACCUUUUUUUUUACUUUGUGCCAAGGAAAAAUAGCUUGCAGUUUGUUUUUUUCAGUAAGUGACACAUUUAUACUUGGUACUUGGUGUGGAUAAUUGGGUAUUUUUAAAAAUUAAUAAAAGCAUUUUUCAUUUAAGAAAUAUUUUAUUUCAUGCAUUGUUGCUAUUGGAAAAAUACAAAUACAGAAGGUUGUACAAAUACUUAGACUGUAUUUUAGGUUGAUUAGCCACACCAGAUUCUGCCCCGUCUCAAGACGAAACCAUAACCAGUGACUCAUCUGGGCACAUCUAUUGCCUUCUGAGACAAAAAAUAGCCAUAUAUCUCUAUAUCUAUAUUUUAGGUGGAGCUAAGAAUGAAGCCUGUACCGUUGUUGGGUUUAUCUUUGUCUGAUUCAAAUACUUUAUUUUAUGUAAUUAUUUUAUUUGACCUUAAUGUAAAGUUAAUGAAGUUCGUUGUGAUCUAGUUUAGAUAAUAAGCAGCAUGAGGAAACUUUAUAAGACAAAACAUUCAACCAUUGGAUGGCUAUCUGGUCAUGUGGUAUGUCCUUUGGACUGCCGUCUUAAUGGUCCCAGGGUCAAACCCUACCCACCACCAUCCCUUGUAGCCCUGAAGAAGAUUUGGGUUUGGAUGCAAUAAUCUUCAAUUCUCAUGGAACAUCUGAAACA